GCACCGAAUACAGUGACGGCACCUGCCGGACGUCAAUAGUCAAGGGAGUUCUAAAGCGUGGGCGCCGUCACACUAAAAGAUCAAUUUCUUACAAGUGCAGAACGAAUAUUCUGUGGCACCUGCAGCAGUGCCAGUUUCGCAGAUCGAGGUUAUGGGGCGAAAGAAUAAUAAUUAUCAUUAUCCCUUAACCGGAAGCAAGAUUGGCCGCUGCACCCUUUUUUUUUUUUUUGGCACCACCUGACCCGAUGGAGAGGGACGGGGCAACGAACGCAGACUGCGCACGCGCGCCCGGAACGGAAUGGGGCCAGAGUUCGAGGCUUAGCGAGGGGCGCCCGAAGAAGUGGUCCAGCUCCUGAGAUCUCGUUGCCAUAGCUACACGCGCUGCCGGAAGUGCUCCUCCAUGGUCCCGCCCAGCUCCCCGAGCCUCUCCGUAGAGCAGAGCUCGGGCUCCUGGGAGAGACUUCUUGGCCGCUGAAGAUGGCGGACGGCGGGGCGAGCGCCGAGCAGGAGCAGCAGCAGCAGCAAGAGAAGGCGGAGGACGAGGAUACGGGACCCGGCACGAGCGGGAUGCGGCGGGAGAAAGGGCCCCGUGGAAGCGGGCGGCCCCCUACCGUCAGGGACCUGCAGGUACGGGGAGCGGAGUGGGGCGGGCGAGAGAGCCCUCGGUGUCGCCUCCCCUUCCUGGGAGUCGCUCCGCCUCGAAAACCGACAGUGGAGGUGCUCCAGAAUGGCCAGCCAGGGUUGUGUAAGAGAGCAAGCCGGGAGCUGUGGCUUUCUGGGAGAGUUUAUAGCAAGCAGGCAUUAUUUCUUGGCAGCCGCCGUGUGCUGUCCCCGCACCUUCUUUUCCUCGCAACUGAUGGCGACACGCCUUGCUUUAGGUAAAACCUCCGCCGAGCUCACCGUGUUGCCAAACACGGGUUGUACCGGGGGGGACUGUUAAAUAUAGGUUAAGAGCUGUAAAUGUUUCCUCAUCACUCCCUAGUGAAAUGAAAUCGCAUGGGGAAACUGCUCUGACAGUGCAUUUUCUCUGCAUGCCUUUUCAAAAGUAAGCGUCGCUGAGCUCAGUGGAGCUUGCUCCCAGGUAAGAGAGUGCAUAUGGUUUUGGCUGGAGAUAUUUGCCUCAGCGAUUCAAGUUUGUGUGUGCUUUUUUUCUGCACACCAGGUCAGACACCAGGAACGAUUUUCCGAAAUAAAUCAAGGUAACCAUAUAGAGUUGCCUGUUGAUGUCAGAAUCUCUUCUCAAACUGUCAUAUGGUAUAUGUGGCUUCACAGUUCUAUGUAGCAUUAAAAUGUUUAUUUUUUAAAAAAAUAAUUUUUUAUUAAAGUUUUAAACAAACAAAAAAAGAAAAACAACACACACAAAAAACAAUACAAAACUUAACAAUAAAAACACAAAACAUAGCAAUUAAAAACAAACUCUCUUUUCCAUUUCCAAUUUUAAAUUACUUAUUUUCUGGACUUCCUCAUACCUCCCUCUUUUGUAUUCCAAUCUACAUUGUUUGUCCAGCAGUUUCUUUUCCACUUUUUAAUCCCAAUCUUUAAUUUAAUAAAACGUUAAGAUAUAUAACUUCAACUUUUUAAACCUAAUCCUUGAUCUUAAUGCCAUAUAACUUUAAAUUUUUCCCUUUUAUUAUCAAAUUUCCAUUUCUUUAAACAUCUUUAAUCUUGAUCUUUAAUCUUAAUCUAUCCUUAACUUUAACCUGUACAGCUGGAAACCACUUGUUUUCAGUCCAACAUCACUCUAACAUUCCUUAAUUUUGCAGUGUUUCUGAAGAUAGUCUUUGAAUUUCUUCCAGUCUUCCUCCAUCGACUCUUCUCCCUGGUGCAUUAAAAUGUUUAUGAAAAACAUCUUCUUGCCCUAAAUUUUGUGCCCUCGCCCUGAAGCAGCUUGUCAUUGAAAUGACACCAGGAUCUCUUCAUAGAAAUGUUUGUUGUUUCUAAUCCAGAUUUUAAAAAUACAUUGCAGUGAAACAUCAAUACUCGGGGAAACAAAAUUAAACUAUAAUACUUUAGAUUUUCAGUGUAGAAACAAACCAUAUAGCAGCAUUUUUCUUUGUUUAAUUUUUGCUUCUUAUUCUUUGGGCCACUUGUAUUGAUAUUAAUAAGAUCUAUUGUGUAAAUUACAUGCAGCUUUUUUACUCUCACAUCUUUGCCAAGUGCAAACCCACAUCCACCAUUCACUGAAAACAACAGAGAGGGCAAAAAAUACACAUGCAAAAACACAGCAGGGACAUAUCUGUGUACUUUUAUAAUCAUGAAGUUAAUCUUCAUAGGCUUUAAAUCAAAAAGUAUUUUGAUAAUUGCCUAGUUCAUGAGCUGGGAUAGCUCCGUCAGUAGAGCAUGAGACUCUUAAUCUCAGGGUUGUGGAUUCGAGCCCGACAUUAGGUGAAAGAUUCCUGCAUUGCAGGGGGUUGGACUAGAUUACCCUUGUGGUCCCUCCCAACUACAAUUUUAUGAUUCUAUAUAGCAAAUCUCAUAUUUCUGCCUCUUGCUUGGACUUCAGUAUAUAUUCUAUAAUAAUUGCUUAGACAUAUCAUUAACUUCCACUGUGUCUACAGCAAGAAAUGAAACCUGUGGCCCUCAGAUAUUGUUGGACCAUUGGCCCCACCCAGCAUAGCCAAUGGUCAUGGAAGAUGAGAGCUGUAGUCCCCAAUUCCUGGUCUAGAAGUCAGUAGAAGCUGGCCUAAUUUGCUUGUCAUGUUAAACCAUAGUUUCAAACAAACUAUGCUGAAAACAAACCAUAAGCCCAACGUUAGACAGCACCAUGCACCAACAUGCUUCUCUUUCAUUUAUAUUAAAGUAAAAAUGGUUUUAUGUAAUAUGUGAGCUAGAUCAUUGUGUCUAAGCACAUGCUUCUUGUUCACUUAUUACAUUAUCCUUACUAUACUGUUUUAUUCUGAAAGUAAAAUCAUGUUCAGUCAUAUAAGGAAAGGAUUUAUAGCUGUCAUGAAGAAAUGUUAUUAAUUGUUGUGCUAUCAAGUGUUGCUCUUUUGUGACAUUAGUAAUUUUUACUUGGCAAACAGCUGUUCUUUCAGCAUGUGAUUGUGAAAAAAGGUUAUUUUUUAAAAAAAUAGUUCUCAUAACCAUGCCUGCCCAAUGAUCUGCAUAUUUGACCGGUAUGAAUUAGUCACCUCUCUUUUAAAAGAGAACUACAUAUAGAAUACAUGUAGUUAGUUUUUUGGGUCUGUAGACAUUGACUAAAGCAUCUGGUGUUUGGUAUAGCUGGCAUUGGCUGGAUUGUAUGAAGAUGAAAUGAAAAGACAACCGUCUCAUUCUGAGAAACCAACAGCUAGAGUGAGCAGUCAUCCGAGAUUACCAGUGCAAAGGUAAAUAAGGGCUUUUAUUAUUUUUAUAUGACACUGUCAAACAGUUCAAAUUAACUGUGAUAGUUCCUAUAAGUGUGCAUUUCAAAAAUGCAAAUAUUAAGCAAGCAUUUAAAAAAUGUAAAGGAGUCUCUUCCUAAAUCCCUGAAGACGCAAUCCUAUGUACACUUGUAUGGGAGUAAAUUCCAUUGUGCACAGUGGUACUUUCUUCCAAGAAAAUGUGCAUUGGAUUGCAGUGUGAGUUGCUGUCUUUCAUCAGGGAACCAAAGGGCCAUGGAGAACCUUCUACAUAAGCUCUACUGAAAUGCAUGAAAGUUGAUGAGCAACACUGGGGCAAGGUGAUUAUAAUAUAAAAUUUGUUGUAGACUGGUUCUUGUACAGCAUUUGCAUGCUAUUCCUUUAUUAUAGCAAGAGUCUUCUAACUUAGAUUUGACUGUCACAACCUAUGAACUCUACAGAGGUUGGAUAUCACAAAUUUAUUUUCAAUAUAAAAAAAAUUAAGAUUGGUGGUGUAAAAUUAAUGGAAGUUUAAAUGAAUAUUUCUUGGCUGACUUCUUCAGAAGCUUGCGAAAACCAGAAAGAAGUAUGAGUGAUGACAAGGAUAACAAAAGGUACCAUAAAAUAAGCAUUUAAUUGAUUUAUAAUAUUCAUAAAUAGUGUGUUUAAGUUUUUAAUGUUCCUUUUCCCCUUGAACUUUUCUUGUCUUUUUAUUAUUGUUGUCAUCAUCCCCAGCUGUAAUAAUACAGUGGUACCUCGGGUUACAUACGCUUCAGGUUACAGACUCCGCUAACCCAGAAAUAGUGCUUCAGGUUAAGAACUUUGCUUCAAGAAGAGACCAGAAAUCGUGCUCCGGCGCGGCAGCAGUGGGAGGCCCCAUUAGCUAAAGUGGUGCUUCAGGUUAAGAACAGUUUCAGGUUAAGUACAGACCUCCGGAACGAAUUAAGUACUUAACCCGAGGUACCACUGUAGUUGUCAUCCUCAAUUGUUGUGGAUCCUCUCACAUUGAACGUGGGGUUAAUAUCAUAAGCUAACAUGAGAAGAGACAGUGGAGGUAUAAUGGCUUUGAGGGCCUCCACAAAUUAGUCUAAUCCUCUUCUAAAGUCAUCUAAGUUGGCAGCCAUCACUACCUCUUGUUUGAGUGAAUUCCACAGUUUAACUGUGCUGUGUGGAAAAAGUACUGUCUUUUGUCUAUCCUGAGUCUUCCAGCAUUCAGCUUCAUUGAAUGGCUGAGUUUUCAUAAAUCAUGCACAAUUUUAUGCCCACCCACUCCCAGCUUAUUUGACUAUUUUUCUUGAAAACAAAACAAAAGUCCCAAAUGCUGUAACCUUUCAUCAUGGAGUUGUUACUCUUAAGUUUGACUGGGUGCCCUGUAAGACACCCUUCCAACUCCUUUGAUUCUAAACAAUGAUGCUUUCUCGUUAGUAGGAAAUAGUGACAGGAUAGCUGGGUGUUGGCAUCUGUCUGUGAUGAAAGACAAUGGAGUUCUCGUCCAGGGGUGAAAUCAAAUCACUGGAGAAUCGCAGCGCCUGCUGUGGCUGCAGAGACUGGUAACUUGUAACUGCUGCCUCUUGCAUUGUUUUUGCUGAGUUAGCAAGCCUGGGCAGUGUGUAUGGAGAGCCAGGGCUGCCCAGACAACAAGGCCUCCCUCUCAGCCUCACUAAUGUGUUCCAAAGGAAAGCAGAGCAAUACAUUUGGUACCAGCUUGGCUGCAGGGGUUGCUAGAAGGAGGCGUACAAGAUGCCAUCCAACUAUCCCUAAGACAUUCCUUUUUUUUUUAGAGUUUACUCCUUAGCCUGUUCUUCCUCUGAAAAUGCCCCAUAAGGUAGCAGGUAGAAUAGGUUAUACACUCAGUCUUUAUUUCUAAAAUAUGCUUCUUUAAACCAACCUCCAAUAUAAGAUGCACAUCUUACAUGUUGGAGGUAUAAAAUCAAAAUAUGAAAUAAUUCGUCUAAUUUUUCACCUUUCUUCAGUGUUUUGUUUUUGUGUGGUUUUCGUCUCUUCGUCCCAGGGGAAGUUUUUUCAAGAGCAUGUCUGCGGGCCAUAAAUUAUAUCUCAAUUGCAUCUUGGAACCUGACACAGGUGCAAACACCCAGUCGUGAUUUUUGCAUGCUUUCAGAUUUCUCCAGUUCUUCAGCAGCAACAUGUGCCCAAUCACUUAGUGUUGCUGAGGAUCUUCUGGUCUUCAGAAAACUUUAAGGAUGGAUGGGGUUCAGGGAAUUCCCUUGUGUGAAGCUCCCUUCUAUUUGUGCCAGGGUUGUGUGAGAACUUAAGAGUAAUCCUACUGAAUCAAAGCAAAGAUGUAUCCAGUGCAGCAUUCUGUUUCCACAGUGGCCAGGCAGAUGCCUGUUAGAAUCCCAGAAGUAGAACACACAGUAGCUCUCUCCCACUUGUGGUCCCCAGCAACUCAGAUUCAAAGGCAUAUUGAAUGCACCCUCUUAUUUUUAUGAAUAUCUGGACAUCUUAAAGAAGUACAGAUAAAUUUGGAGUUCCUGACUGUGUCAAAACUCUCUCAAUCUUUUAACAGCACAUAAGCUGUAAUGUGGUUCUAAUCAGAAUAUGAAAAAGUCAGGAAAUUAAAUAGUAUGGGGGGUGGCUUUUGUUAAAAUGAAGAUAUUAACCAGAAUAAUAUUUUUCCUAACAUUACCUGGUAAGGUUCUUCCAAAAAUUUUGAUUCCAACAUGAAGUGAAAAUAAUUCCAAUAUAAGGCAUUAAAAAGCUUCAGGGAUUAGAUAUUGUACGUAAAAAUAAAAACUUAAUUUCUAAAUUAAAAACUAUAUUUACUUGUUGAAGUUAUUAAAUGUCUAUCUUGCCCUUUCUUCCAAAGGAAGUUCCCGACUUAGAGAGCUUACAGUCGAAAGCAGGGUGGGACAGCCCAAGCCACUUUCCCUUCUGAAACAGAGCGCUGUUUCUGGCACUGCACAAACUAAUGGACUUCUGUUUGAAAAUUUCUUAAUACUUAUGACCAACAAAUGCUGUUUGCUUUCUUUCUUUUUUUUAAAAAAAGAUUUUAUUCAGGUGAUUCAGAAUACAGAGGGCUCAGUGUUGUUGCCUCAUCCAAUAAUAUAGCAUCCAGUAAAAUUGUCGCUGAACUUUUCAAAGAAGCAAAAGAACAUGGGGCAGUCCCGUUAGAUGAAGUAUCAAGAGCAUCGGGGGAUUGUCAUAAAGCUAAAGUAAGUACAUGCAAUCAUUUUUUUAUGGGUAAAGCACAAUUGUUUUAAUGCAAAAGUGCUUUUAUUUAACAAGUAUAGCACUUGAUUCCUUUUUAAAAAUUACUUUUGAUUACUUUCAUUACAAAACGUGAGCUGAAUUUAGAGAGGCAGCGGGUAAAGUGUACUCCAAUUCAUAAUAUUUGCCUGCUUUAAACCGCUUUUCUGCCAGACAGGAAUUUACAGCAAUUAACGCUAGAUGGGUGGCGCUGUGGGUUAAACCACAUAGCCUAGGGCUUGCUGAUCAGAAAGUCGGCGGUUCAAAUCCCUGUGGCGGGGUGAGCUCCCGUUGCUCGGUCCCUGCUCCUGCCAACCUAGCAGUUCGAAAGCACGUCAAAGUAGAUAAAUAGGUACCGCUCCGGCGGGAAGGUAAACGGCGUUUCUGUGUGCUGCUCUGGUUCGCCAGAAGUGGCUUAGUCAUGCUGGCCACAUGACCCAGAAACUGUACGCCGGCUUCCUUGGCCAAUAAAGCAAGAUGAGUGCCGCAACCCCAGAGUCGGCCACGACUGGACCUAAUGGUCAGGGGUCCCUUUACCUUUACCUAAUGCUAGAUGCUAGUGUCCCAGGUUGGGAGGUUAUGGGAGAGGGUCAUGUGAAAAGAAAAGGUGCAGCUCCAGUAUCUUUUGUAUGAAAAUAGUAUGGAAACACUGCCUACAAUUGAACACAAAGUCUAAACUAGUCCACAUGAUAUGGUAAAUAUCUCCUUAGCAACUACUAGCCAUUUCAUUACAUUGAACAAAAUGAAAGCCACCGGAUGUAGUAGAUGGUGACCACCCCCAGGUUCAUGUUCAAACAGAGUGUGCUGGCACAUGUCCCUGACAACUACUUUCAUACUUUGCCUGAUUUGAGCCAUUGCACCAGCCCAUACUAUAUGCUAACCAUUAUUUAGAACUCAAACCAGGUUGCGGAUUCAAUUCCCCCUAAGGGCCAGCUGCCUACUCCUGCAUUGCAGCAGUGUUGGACUAGAUGAUCCUCAGGGCCCCUUCCAAUUAUGCUAUUCUAUGAUUUAUUAAUUUCCAGAUACCCAACAAACAAGCCAUAGUUUAGAGCUGCUUGUCUGCUUUUUGUUUUCUGUCUGCUUAGCACUUAUUAAAUCUACUCCUAUCUCUGUGGAACAGGAACUUCUGGAGGUGGAGUUGACAGCUGGGACACUGGUUUGCUUUUCAAUUUGAGCAUCAUGCCAGAGCAUACUUUGCAAUCCGACUUCAAACUAUGCUUUCAGAUCCUGUUUUACUGGUUGAUCAAAACAACAUCAUUUGGCAUGCUUGAGUUUUUCUGUGUACUAUAGGAAAUUACUUUCAGCUCACCAGAAGAGAAGAGUGUCACUAUCUAUAAAAAUAUUGUUUUGAGUUGCUUAUUACUUAAUUGUGUGAAGAUUAAACCAGUUGUCACUGACUUUUGCCAAAUCUUCCCCCCUGUGAAGACUUUCUUUCUAAGCUGCAGGGUGCAUUUUUUACAAAGUAUUUACUUAACUAAACAGUGAUCUGUUAAUAUUACUAGUAGUCAGUUGGUUUAAAAUAAAUGCAAGUAGUUACUGCAGCUCUGUAACUCAGACCUGUAUUUUAAAUAUUUUAUUAGUCAUUUUCUGGUGGUGGAUACAGAUUGGGGAAGUCAACUAUGAAGCGCUCUGAAUAUAUCUAUGGAGAAAAUCAGUUUGGACAAGAUGUAAGUAUAAAUACGAUGAACAUAAUUUCCUGUUACAUGCAAGAGAUAAUUAACUUUAGGAACCCUGUCUGCGUAACAUAUGACAUACCCAACUGCAAGAGUAUUUCCUGAUAGCUUGUUCCUUAUAUCACCAAUAUAUACCUAGAUAAUUUUAUAGAACCAUAAGUUUCAUUUGACAAUAAUAAUUUUUUGAACUCCAGAGAUGCAAAAACAAAUAUUUUAAAGGGAAUGUAAUUACUUCUGUACUAGGGACUCAGAGUGAGUUUUAGAGUGAGUUAGGGGAAAGGAAUCAAGCUGCUUCUCUUAUUGAUCAGAGCUCCUAUUUGAAUAAAAGCUUCACUUUAAGUGAUAUGUCCAAAAUAUAAGAUCUUAGUCCUUAAGCCAAUGUAUAUGAAGUGAAAGAUACGAAGUGAUACCCUCUAACUCAGGGGUCAGCAAACUUUUUAAGUAGUCCACUGUCCCUUCAGACCUUGAGGGGGGCCGGACUAUAUUGGGGAGGGGGGAGAUGAACGAAUUCCUGUGCCCCACAAAUAACCCAGAGAUGCAUUUUAAAUAAAAAGACACAUUCUACUCAUGUAAAAACACGCCCAUUCCCGAACUGUUUGCAGGGCGGAUUUAGAAGGUGAUUGGGCCGGAUCUGGCCCCUGAGCCUUAAUUUGCCUACCCAUGCUCUAACUAGACUGCAUGCCGUAUUUGUGGUUUCUUCUGAAUGAACAAUAGAAUACAUUACCAUGUGUUGCCUGUCCACAUCAUGGUUGGCACUAGCAAAUACCAUCCCAUUGUCUUCCUUGUUGGUUAAUGUUUCAUAAGGGCAGUGAGGAUUCGUGUGUGAGAAUUCCCAUGCAGUGAAGAGAGUGAGGCAGUCCUUGCUCAUAAAGAGCUACAGAGGCACAGCAGAGCUCUUCUGGACACUGAGUUGGAGCUAAUGUGUCUUUGAUUACAUUCUGAUGGCAUAAAUUCAUAGGCAAGUGCAACACAUUCCUUUUAGACUAUGGGUUGUACCCAAUGUUAGUUCUACACAUAGUACGCAUAGUAGAUGCAUUGAAAUUAAUGGACAUGACUCACUUGGGUCCAUUACUUUUAAUGGGUCUACUUUUUGAAGGCAGCCCUGUUUAGGGAAGCUUUUAAUGUUUGAUGGACUAUUAUAUUUUAAUAUUUUGUUGGAAGCCGCCCAACAAUACUAUUAUUAUUACAGUGGUACCUUGGGAUGCGAAUGGGAUCUGUUCCGGAGCCCCGUUCGCAUUCCGAACAGAACGCAAGACGCGACGGCGCGUCUGCGUGGGUCGCAUUUUGCCGCUUCUGUGCAUGCGCGUGACGUCAUUUUGAACGUCUGUGCAUGCGCGAGCGGCGAAACCCGGAAGUAACCCACUCUGUUACUUCUGGGUUGCCGCGGAGCGCAACUCGAACGCACUCAACCUGAAGCACAUUCAACUCGAGGUAUGACUGUAUAGCUGAAUAGAAUGUUUAGUAUUGUAAUACUGGAAAACAAACCAAGAUGAAUAUAAUGAUCAAACAUCUGGUGUUACUUUUUUACAUUUUCAAAGUACAUCUGAUUUAUUCAUAGGUUCAAAUUUUACUUAAACUGUGGAGGAACGGUUUUAGUUUAGAUGAUGGAGAGCUGAGAUCAUACACGGAUCCAGUGAAUGCAGAGUUUCUUGAGUCUGUUAAAAGAGGGUAAGUUUAUGGUAUUUGUGACUAUAGGAACACAUUGCUUUCAGUGCAGUGGAAGAAACUGCAGCUGGAGAGGAAAUCCAAGAAGCCUCAGUAGCUAAGUAGAAGUCCUAGGGUCAAUUAAAGAGAUGCUGCUUGGUUUGGAACACUCCCUUUUCCACAGGGUCUUCUGUUUUAAGUGAUGGCCUUAGCAGUACCUAGGCAAGGCUUCAGUGGUACCCUAGACAGAUCCAUGCAGGAAUCAGGCUAGAUCAUAAGACCCGAGCUCAGAUAUUGUUUCAGCAACCAAGUCUCAAAUAGAGCUGCAGCUUCUAUUUUGUCUGCCUUUGAAGAGAAGAGCAUCUUAAUUUAUAGUGACCUAGUUUGCUUUUGUAGUAAUUGACAUGGAUGGAGCGUAGUAGGCUGUUGAUCCACUAGGGCAGAGGUUGGGAAACCUCAAGCCCAGGGGCUGAACGUGGCCCUCCAGGCCUCUGUCUCCAUCACCAGGCCAUGUACCAUACCAGCCCCAUUCUUCACCCUCCUCAAGUGCUUUCUCCUGGUUGAAAUGUGGCCUUGAACUAUGAUAAUGCAUCCUGCUUACCUGGAUAAAGAGAUAAGCCUCUUAGCUGCAAUAUAGCCUACUCUACAAAGGUGAGAGCUGCAUCUCUUUUUUCCAGCCUCACCCACAACUGGGAUGCAGCUCCUUCAAGGUUGCCCAUGAGGCAAUGAAGCCCUCAGGCUGUAAAACGUUCCCCAUUCCUGCACUAGGUCUUCUGAACUGAGUCUGAGGAAGGCAACAUGGCGUCCUCACCCUGUAGAGGUAUUGCCACAACCAGCUCUUCUGGUGAAGUGUUUCUGUUUGGCUGUUUACAUCUUGAACUGGGAGCAAUUCCCUCCCCAAAUCUCCAGCUGAACUGCUUGAAGAAGAGUUUUAUUUUUUUAAGAGUGAGAGAUUGGUCUCAGGAUCAGAGGGUUUAGCAUUUGGAGCACUAGACCAUUUUGAUAAAGAAAGGACAAAUAUUUAGGGAAGGGAUGGUAAUUUGCAACCAGGUGGCACCAAAAACAAGCUGUUUCCAGAUCAAGGGAAUAGAUCACAAUUACCAGGGAAGUCCAUAUAUCCCAUAAAUGACAUGUGAGGAAGCGUGUUUAUUAUAUAUGUUGCUUUAUGGAAAGGGUAGGUUUUGAUAGAGGACUUUUUGUAAUAAAAAUGUACCAAGAAGCAUUUUCUGUUACUAGGGGCUGUAUCAUCCUCAGCCACUGAAUAGGAUAUGAAUACCCAGCCCUGUAACAUGGUGAUGACUCUUCUAGACAGUCUUUUAUUUUCAGUCUGCGGCUUCAACAUGUAGCAAGUGAAGUACAUAUAAUUUUGCCUUUCUCCCCCCACCCCUUCCUGACCAUAAUUUAGCCUGUAGCAUUUCUUAUGCAUGCCUGAUUAACAGCACAAUACUAUACAUGUCUAUUGAAAUGUAAGUCUUUUUGGUUCUUAUUCUGUGAUAAGCGUGUAUAGGAUUAUAUCUUAAAUAAGCCUGUUUAUCUGCAUUAUGGAAUGUAUGUGCAGAUAAUGGAGAAGAUUAGAGCAUAGUGGAUUUGAACUAUUGUUGUUAUCAUUAUUUCAUAUUUUAAUGAUGUGAUCCAGACAAAAUUGAAUACUUUUCAGUUUCAUCACUUGCUCUUUAUGCUCUUGCAUAAAUCAAUAAACUUGCUUAAAUUGAAUAUUUCCCCUUUUCUUUUUGCUGUUAAGAGAGAUUCCUGCAGAACUUCAACGUUUGGUGCAUGGAGGCCAAGUUAAUCUGGAUAUGGAAGACCACCAGGAGCAGGAAUAUGUAAGGCCUAGGUUGAGAUUCAAAGCUUUCAGUGGAGAAGGCCAGAAACUUGGAAGGUUAAUUUUUUUCAAAAUCCUUGGUUUAUAAAAAUACAAUUAUCUUGUAUUCUUGCCAUUGAUACAGUUGAUGAUUGGAGUAUAAAAUACCAAAGGUCAUUCUAUUAUUUUCCCCACCCCGCUGCUGAAAACCACAUUACCUCAGAAAUCUGUUGGGGACUUUAUACCAGUAGUGAACAGGGCUCAGCGCUACAGUCAAACCUCAGUUCCCAAACGCCUCCCUUUUGGAACAUUUUGGCUCCCAAACGCCGAAAACCCAGAAGUAAGAGUUCUGGUUUUUGAACAUUUUUCAGAAGCUGAACGUCCGACGGUGCUUCUGCAGCCAAUCAGAAGCCGUGCCUCAGUUGUCAAACCUUUUGGAAGCCGAACGGGCUUCUGGAACGGAUUACGUUUGACAACCAAGGUUUGACUGUAUUGCCCUCUUGCUCAUGCAGACCCAUGUCUGACAUGCAUUCAUUCCAUUUUCUUUUGCCCCUCUUUUAUCUGUGUCUCUCUUCCCCAACUACAUCCUCCUUCUGCACCCCAUGCAGCAAUUAGACUGGAAAAAUAGCUUCCACUGGCAGCUAUGAAACCUUUUAUUAUACUUAGCCUAACUGCCAUGUUGGGAGCGGGGGGGCUUAACUCUCUCCUCCUUGUGUCUCCUCACAAAAGUCUCCCCCUGCCCAACAAACAGCAAUUCAUUGCUGAGUGGAAGGGGAGGCAGGAUGAAAGUGUAGCCCUGCUGGCCACAUCUGGCCUACAGGCUGCAGCUGCCCCACCCCUGCCAUAGGUCUUCUGCAUGCUGUGCAGACUAUAUGCUUCUCACUUGCCACUCCAUUCCAACAGUUUGUUUUAAUCUUUUAAGUUAAUCUUAACAUUUGAGUUUGGUUACUUUACAAAAGCAAUUAGACUAAGGAUGCUCAGUGGGACUGAGUAAACAUGCAUAAGAUUGGGCUGUUCCUCGUUUGGAGCUUUUCUCCUCCAAGCUAAUGGUAAUUAUAUGCCUGGUAUUGUUAAAUGAAAUACAUUUCAAUUGCUCUGCUGUUUUUCCUUUAUUAUUGAAGGCUGGCAGGUUAUGGAUGUUGGGUUGGAUCUAGAUUUCCCUGGAGCAGAGUUCUGCUUCAAGGACAGUCUGCUGGAGGAAAGGGACUAGGAAUUUAUUUUGUCAGUUUCUUCUUCCUCUUGAAAAACUGUUCCAGAGAAUUGGGGGACUCUCUGGAACUAUGUUGCAAGUACAGUGGUACCUCGGGUUAGGAACUUGAUUCGUUCCAGAGGUCCGUUCUUAACCUGAAACCAUUCUUAACCUGAGGUACCACUUUAGCUAAUGGGGCCUUGCGCUGCCGCCAUGCCGCCGCUGCACGAUUUCUGUUCUCAUCCUGGGGCAAAGUUCUUAACCCGAGGUACUACUUCCAGGUUAGCAGAGUUUGUAACGCGAAGUGUUUGUAACCCGAUGUAUUUGUAACCCAAGGUACUACUGUAGUUCUUGGAGCUGAAGAGGGAAUUGAUGAAAAUUGCCUUCCCUCUGCUGGAAUGGUAGUUCUUCCAUUAACAGACAGAGCCGUUUUUCUGUUUGCAGAAGGGCAUGUCUGAACAUCCUUUUAUGGCUGUUGGAAGUUUACAUAUACUGGUCCAGAAUAUGCAAUAGCACUAUGUUCUUUUUGACUGUAUUCUGUUAGUGUUGAGAUUUCUUACUGCUUUCUGACAUAUUAUACAAUAAUUGGCACUGCGCUUAAUUACAAAAUGCAAUGUUAGAAGUGUGGAGAGGUGCAAAGAAAAGCUAAUUUGUCCAAGGCUAGGGGGCGCAAUUUGGAUGGUUCUGCAAGAUCACCUAGCUAUGGGUCUGGUGGUAGAGCAUCUGCUUUGCAUCCAGGACAUCCCUGAUUCAAUCCUCAGCAUCUCAGGGUACUGCUGACAAAGGCUACUGGUUUGAAACCCUAGAAAGCAGCUGUAUAUCAGUGUACACAGUACUGAGCUAGACGGACCAGUGGUCUGACUUGGCAUAAUAAGACAGUUAUGUAUGUUCUUAUUUUAUUUUAUAGUUUGUGAGUGUAGAUUUACAGUGGUACCUCAGGUUACAGAUGCUUCAGGUUACAGACUCCACUAACCCAGAAAUAGUACCUCGGGUUAAGAACUUUGCUUCAGGAUGAGAACAGAAAUUGCGGCGCAGCGGCAACAGGAGACCCCAUUAGUUAAAAUGGUACCUCAGGUUAAGAACAGUUCAGGUUAAGAACGGACCUGCAGAACGAAUUAAGUUCUUAACCUGAGGCACCACUGUACUUAUAACUAGUCCCUUAAUGUUUUUAACAUCCAGUUCAAAUCCUUUUCUUUGUAUUAAACAAAUACAAAAGCACAAAAUUUAACUAAUUAUGUUUUGUUGAAUUGUAUGAGGUACUGAGGAAGGCAAGAGAGCAUUUUUAGAAGGCACCCUUGCACUCUCUUUGUAGACACAUUCAUUUGCAAGUAAGGCCCAUUGACUUCAGUGGUACUGGUUGGCUUGUAGAUAAAGUCUUUAACAUUUCAACUGUCUUUCAACUUUUUCACUUGUUUCUUAAUUUUAGCCUUACACCUGAGAUUGUCAGUACACCAUCUUCCCCAGAGGAAGAAGAAAAAUCCUUCCUUGAUGCUGUGGUUCUGAUCGAUGACUCUGUGCCAACAACUAAGAUUCAGAUUAGGCUAGCAGAUGGAAGUCGUUUAAUACAAAGAUUUAAUCAUACCCAUAGGUAAGCUUAACUGUUUAACUGUACUGAAACAUUGGAUCUUAGUUCCAGAUUAUCACAACUUGUCAUCUGAAGCUUAUUGCCAGUAUUCGGAGCUGAUGAGUGGUUUGUUUUUAAAGUGCAGAGCAUAUUGUAUUGAUCCAAAGACUAAAAUAUACAUUGUUAUACUUUUGUCAAUAGGAUUAUAGAUAUUCGGAACUUUAUUAUCCAGUCUCGCCCUUUGUUUGCCACCACUGACUUUGUGCUUCUGACUACAUUUCCACACAAAGAGCUUACAGAUGAAAGCCUGACACUACAAGAAUCAGAUAUUCUGAACACUGUGAUUCUUCAGCAGCUAAAGUAAAUCUUGAGCCUUUCAGUGCAAUAUCGCUUCUGUGAAUGGAUAGUAUUGCAUAUUGUUCCUCAAAAAUGCUUCCAAGGAGAAAGGGGAAAAAAUGACAGAGGAAAACUAACCGUUUCCCACUUUAAUGGAUCAACUGGCAUUUAGUACUGUUCUGUCUUCCAGUGAUAAUUCGUCUGAAUUGGAAUUCAGAGAUAUGCUAAUAAAUAUGAAUUGAUUUUUGUAUUCUUCCAAAACAGCC